AUGAGCGAUCCAAUAAAUGCAAAUCCGACAAUAAUAGACUCUACUAAUCUCCCUACAAGAGUAUCUGAUCCAAAAACCGUGUAUGACAGGAACAAAGAACUAAAAAGUAAAAUUACAUCGCUUUCAUUACUCACCAACGAUUAUUUUAACCAAUCAUUAAAAGAGCCGGUCUCGAAAACAAAUAUUGCUAAUAAGGUCCUCAAGAGUAUUCAGCCGGUUGAAGAAGAUUCAAAAGACUUGACAGAUGCUACAAAGACAUUGCUGCUAGACAAUGAGGAAAUUGACCCAAUAGACAAACAGGAAAUUUUUGAUCUAAUAUCAACGAUAUCUGAUCCCGAACACCCCUUGACGCUAGCACAACUAGCAGUAGUCAACUUGGAUGAUAUUACUAUAACUUCCUUUGGCACAAAACUGCUGAUUUCACAAGUCUUGAUCAAAAUCACCCCAACCAUCACUCACUGCUCAUUGGCCACAUUGAUUGGAUUAGGUAUACGUGUACGAUUGGAGAGAAGCUUACCAGCAAGGUUCCGUGUGAAGAUCAUCAUUAAGGAAGGAACACAUCAGCUGGAAAAUCAAGUCAACAAACAACUAAAUGAUAAGGAACGAGUCGCUGCUGCUUGUGAGAAUGACCAGUUGUUAACUGUGAUACUGCAAAUGUUGAGUAGUUGUAAGUAA